UUGCCUGAAAACGUACGUGGCUUGAAAAUCCCUAUUGUUGCUCUAUCCCAGAAAAUGAUUCAUCCCCCCACGGGGCUUUGCCUUGCCUCCGCACAUUUCGCAAGGCUCCUGGCUUUAUAACAGCGUGGCGCACGCGGUGACUCCUGGCAGAUUCCUCGGCUCGCUUGAGAGUGAGGAGGCAGAAGCUAAUCCUCCUAACAAUGAUUUUCCUCUUGCAGCAUUUCUUCCUGCUGGCCACAGACUUAGUGCUCGCCAUGACCCUUUCCUGCCUCUUUUAUGCCUUCGCGUGCGUUUCCAUCGCGUUUCUGACUUGCUGCGUUAUCAUCUUCUCCUUUGGCACCGCGGAGAGGAAUGUUGAUGUGAAAAGGAGAGCAAUUGUAAUUCUUGUGUCCAACAGUUCCAUUGGGAGGAUGUUUGCAAGGAACCUGGAUAAAGCAGGUUUCGGGGUGUCUGCUGCACAAUGGUCUGCUCAAGAGGCGAGGACAGUGACAGAAGAGUGCUCAUCGAACAAGGAGGUAGCCCAGCUCCAUCUGACUGAAGAUGAGUAUCAGAAGACAGUGAAAACCUUCAUAGAAAGCCACUUAUCCCUGAAAGGCAUGUACGGGAAGAUGAGGAAGCCGUCGAUCCUGAUAUGGGAUGAAGGGGCACCAGACACACGUGGGGUACCUGAGAGAAAAACCUCCUGUGAGGGGAAGAAAGCUUUCAAGGCUCCACGCAGGAAUUGCUUAUUGCAGACAGCUCUGUGUGUCUCAAUCCUCUUUCACCCACUGACCUGUGUCUUGAGUUUCCUGAAGAGAAGCCCACAGCUGCUCGUGCCUCUGCUCAAGUCCAAAAACUGACAGGUUUCUCCCGCACAGGCUGCCACCUCGCGGGCAUGGACUGGCACAGGCGUUUUCCUGGAAAUAGCAACUCCCGAGUGCAAAGAGCUCAUUACUGUCAAUGUUCUGCACUGAUGAUCCAAGGAAACUGCAACCCUUCGGGUCCCUGGCUUGGCAAAAUUGUACAAGUGUAGAGAUGAUAAAGUUGUUCAGCUUCUAAUGUGGUUGGGGGGAUAAGUUCUCCAUAAAAACAAGAGCUCUAACUGGCAAAUCUAUAGGUGCCAUGGUGGAAUUAGUCAGAAAGAGUGAGAUUGGAACACUUACUCAAAAGCUACAGCCCUGCUGCCUGUGUCACUGUAGGAGCUCCUUGUAUGAGUCAGAUUUCACAUUUCUAUCUCUUGCACAGUCAGAAUCUGCAUCAAUCAAUGUAAAUAUGUCCUCUGCUUUUUCAGAGCACUUAAUUUACACCAUGAAUCAAAAUUACUGGAAGCUAAUUCUGGGCAGAUUUCGAGUAGGAUAUUUAAGGCCUGUGUAAACUUCUUUAAAAUCUGAUAAUUCUUAUGCUGGAUCAGUUUAUUGAAAAAUCAUUGAACCGAUUUUGUAUUUACUCUGAUACCACUGGAAUUUCCCAACAGUGUGACAGUGUAAGGGCUUUUCAUCAACUGGGAAGACUCCCUGUGUUCAAACAUAUGCUGUUUCUCAAAUAAAAUUAACUUUUAACCAGAGAUAAAUCCUAAUUUCAUGAUGUUGUACCCCUUUUUCAUUAAUCCUCAAGUUCAAAACAGUUGACCUGAUGAAAGCGUAUCUGCACUGUGUGCCUAAGGUGAAAAUAUGUCCUGGAUGAGACCAUUUUGAUUUCAGCACUUUCCAAAUCUUGUCAUCAGGAAGAAAAGGAGACUUGAUCUCCCCUCAUUCUUAUCCUCCACCUCCAACUGAAGUUCUCAGUUUGCUGUGCUGAGGUAAUCCUUCCAUGACAGAAGUGUGUAUUAGUCUGUGUGGACAAGCAGCCCAAGCAUAUUUUACUCCUUUGGGAUCAUUUUGCAGUAGUAUUUGGAAGUCAGAAUCAUCCCACAUUUGUCUUUCAAGUCAGAAAUGAGAGACAUACGGCAGUGUUUAUUUUUUUGUUUGUUUCUGGAAUGUGUUAUUUAGAAGGUAUAGGGUGUCUUUUCACUUUCCACACUGCCCCUGCAUAAGGAAACUCCAGCUGAACCAUCUGUCCCUGGGCCAGGGGUGUUCCAGCUGAAAAAGGAUCAGUCACUUCAGGUUAGAGAAGAUGGCAAAUUUUCCUGCUUCUAGGAGAAUUUUCUUUCCAUGUCUUUCUCUUGCUUUGUUACCACUCCAGUACUGCCAAAAAGUACUUAAUCUUAGGGAUUUACUAAAAUAACUUCUGACAAAUGGAAGACUUAAUAUCUGGAAUAGUCUAGACACCGUAUGCAACGACAAGUAUUUGAAAAUGUUUCAUGGGUAGAGAUAUUCCUGCCUUGCCUUUUAAAUAGAAGUCAUCUCCCUUUUUUUGACACACUGAGCAGUAUACAUGGCAUCCUAAAUCUGUUUUGUCAACUGAGUCCAGAGUUUUUAAAAAUAUGCAGCAAGAUUUUAAUACAGCUCAUCACAUUAUAUAGAACCAGACAUCCUGCUUAGUCCUCAAAGGCUCGAUAUUCCCCGUGCACAGCCCACAUGCAACUGCUCCUGUCUAAUUCCAUGGGAUGAUUCCUUUCCUUUGACACCACGGCAGAGCCUUCUCCCAAAGUAGGACGUGCAGCUCUCCAGCUCAAAAAACUGUAAGCCUUUCUGUUCAGACUAUCUUUGGCUGUUUAACUGCACCAAACCCCCAUAUUUUGACUUUCUUCCUGGAAAGCUACUUGUCUGAGUCCUGAAAUGCUUGCCCACAGAUGCAAAUUCAGUGUCAGCUUUUUGGGUAUUUGCAGCAAGCAGCAUCAUUUGUGUGUUAGCAUUAGAAGUAAGAACUUAAUUUUCUGAACUUCCAGAUGGACUGGUCAAGAUGACUUAUAUGUUUGGGUUUUUUUAUUUUGGAUAAGCAUAAUUUUCACCAGCACCAAAAGGUUCCAUCAGCCUGCUAUGCUGUUUACUGUACAAUAGCAAGAGGAGUGCUACAUGGUCUGGGGGCUGAUAUGACAAGACAGAAUGGAUGCCAAAGAGAAGUCACAUUUGUCAGGAAUUGUGUGAUACAGCCAGCUCCUAUGGGUCAGAGAUCCUGAUCCUGCACCCUGAAAAUCAU